GAGCCGGCGCUUGUGCCGCUGUGCGAUCGCUGCGUAUUGUGUUCGUUUACCGUUGCAUUUCUCUCGUAGUUUCUUUUUCUCUUAGAACCGAAAAGAUUACUCCGGAGCCAGAAUGUUGCCGCUAUCCCUGUUGCGGACGGCCCAGAAUCAUCCGAUGCUUGUAGAACUCAAGAACGGCGAGACAUACAACGGCCACCUUGUCAGCUGCGACAACUGGAUGAACAUCAACCUCAGAGAGGUUAUCUGCACGUCUAGGGACGGUGACAAGUUCUGGCGCAUGCCCGAGUGCUACAUCCGGGGCAGCACCAUCAAGUACCUUCGCAUUCCCGAUGAAGUUAUUGACAUGGUCAAGGAAGAAACGUUGAUCAAGGGUCGGGGACGUGGGGAUGCCGGCAAGCGUGGCGGACCCGGAGGUCGCGGUGGCCGAGGCGGCAGAGGUGGUCCCUUUGGAGGCCGAGGUGGCAGGGGUGACGGAGACGGACGAAGAGGCGGUGGCCAAGGUGGCAGGGGCGGAAGGGGAGGACGUGGUCGUCCGAAUUAGUGCUGCAGAGCAAACUCAUUUUAGGGCUCAAAGACUGCUACUAUCAUUGUGUACAUUGAUACAAUGCAACCACCAGUCCCAUUGAUACCAUCCUGUAAAUAAAAUGUCACUGGAAAACUCUA